AUGGCCGCUGCUGUCGGUGUAAAUAAACAGUCGACCGCAGCAUCGAUGGAGUCGUGUGUCAGACACGGCCGCGGCACCACCGGCAAUGCGGUUAAGGUGCUGGAGUGCGGUGUGUGCGAGGAUGUGUUUUCACUACAAGGCGAUAAAGUACCGCGUCUGCUGCUGUGCGGACACACGGUGUGUCAUGAUUGCUUGACUCGUCUGCCUCUUCAUGGCAGGGCCGUGCGCUGCCCCUUCGACAGACAGGUCACUGAGCUGGGGGACUCCGGUGUUUGGGGCCUGAAGAAGAACUUUGCCCUGCUUGAAUUGCUUGAACGGCUACAGAACGGGGCAACCAAUCAGUCAGGCAUGUCAGAGGACACGCUUCGUGAGAUGGGAGAGUGCAUAAUCUCAUGUGAUGAAGAUGAGACCCACACUGCCUCCAUGUACUGCACAGUGUGUGCCACACACCUGUGUGCCGAGUGCUCCCAGCUCACCCACUCCACCCGUACACUGGCUAAGCACCGGCGUGUGCCCCUGGCAGACAAGCCCCAUGAGAAGAUGCUCUGCCCACAGCAUCAGGUGCACGCCAUCGAGUUUGUCUGCCUGGAGGAUGUCUGCCAGCCCGGGCCGCUCAUGUGUUGCGUGUGCAAGGAGUAUGGAAAGCAUCAAGGCCACAAGCAUGCUGUCCUAGAGGCUGAAGCCAACCAGAUCCGAGCCUCCAUCCUGGACAUGGCACACUGCAUCCGUACGUUUACAGAAGAGGUGUCGGAGUACUCCAGGAAACUGCUGGGCAUUGUGCAGCAGAUUGAAGGAGGGGAGCAGAUCGUGGAGGACAGCAUGGGCAUGGCCCACACCGAACAUGUUCCAGGCACAGCAGAGAGUGCGCGUUCUUGUGUGCGUGCCUACUUUGCUGAUCUGCAUGAGACUCUGUGUCGUCAGGAGGAGAUGGCAUUGAGCGUAGUGGAUGCACACGUCCGUGAGAGGCUGAUCUGGUUUCGACAGCAGCAGGAGGACAUGACCAUCCUGCUGUCACAGGUGUCCACUGCCUGUCUGCACUGUGAAAAGACACUGCAACAGGAUGAUUGUAGGGUGGUUUUGGCGAAGCAGGAAAUCAACAGACUACUAGAGACGCUGCAGAAACAACAGCAGCAGUUUACAGAGCUGGCUGAUCACAUUCAGCUGGAUGCAGGCAUCCCUGUUACUUUCACUAAGGACAACCGUGUGCAUAUUGGUCCAAAGAUGGAGAUCCGGGUUGUGACUUUGGGUUUAGAUGGGGCCGGCAAAACUACUAUUCUCUUCAAACUGAAGCAAGAUGAGUUUAUGCAGCCCAUACCGACCAUAGGUUUUAAUGUAGAAACCGUUGAAUACAAAAAUCUGAAGUUCACCAUAUGGGAUGUGGGAGGCAAGCAUAAACUUCGGCCCCUGUGGAAACACUAUUAUCUCAACACACAAGCGGUGGUGUUUGUGAUUGACAGCUGUCACAGAGACAGACUCAUGGAGUCUCACAGUGAGCUGGCCAAGCUGCUGACAGAGAAAGAGCUCAGAGAUGCUCUACUGCUCAUCUUUACCAACAAACAGGAUGUCCCCGGCGCCAUGCCUGUGGAGGAGAUGACCGAGCUCCUGAGCUUACACAAACUGUGCUGCGGUCGCAGCUGGCACAUCCAGGGCUGUGAUGCCCGUAGCGGCAUGGGUCUGCACGAGGGCCUGGACUGGCUCUCACGCCAGCUGGUGGCUGCAGGGGUUUUGGAUGUGGCUUAAGGAACACUUACCCGCACUCAACAGACAUAUUCAUGACUUUGAACUCGAGCCUGUCCAUGCCAUUAGUACACCCACCCUGCUCAUGUUAACCCAUAUUAUCUUGUCAAACCAUCAUACAUUAGUAGACUUACUACUGUGUGUGCUUGUAGAUGGUCUCAAUUUGGAGUCCUUUAAGGGAAUAUUCUGGGUUAAAUACAAGUUUUAUGGAAAGCUGCUUCUGUGACAAUUGUGACUCACUCAGUUUGUAGAAGAAAAAAAACAUGUUGACAGAAAUGCACUUAAAAUAGUAUCAAUUGGCCACAGUUUGAGAUAUGGUUGCCCCAUAGACUUUCAGUAACAGUCAACUUUUUGUUUUGUUUUUACAAACAGAGGGACAAAUUAUUUCCUGUAGUAAUUGACAGUUUGUCACAGAUGCUGUUAAGUUAACUUUAAUCCAAAGUAUUCCUUUAAGUAAAUGAACUUGACUGAAGUAAACUUAUUGUCCUUCAUAUCAAAUAUUUGGUCCAUGCUAUUAUUAUUAUCAAGGCCGGUGCACUCAUUUUGUUCAUUUGUGUCAUAAAUAAUAUGCUAAAUUGCUGCAAUUAUGCAUAUACAUGAGAUGAAGGUGUUGAAAAUGAACUAAAAGAAGCAAAAUAGACAACACCCCUUGGUUACUUUGGUACAGUCACUGUGUGCAAACAGCACAUGGUUUAAAUUAUUAGAUGUAAAUGUUUUAACUGUGGGCAAAGCCCCUUAGAUAAGGACAAAACUAGACAUCCAUCAACACAUUCACUGUUUCGGUGUGAAGUGCCUGUUGUCAUCAGUAAUAGCUACUAAGACAGGGCAUGUGAUCAUAACCCUUGCCAUCCAGUGUUACAUGUGUUAAAGUAAUGGGGGAUGUCAAUAUCCUGUCGGGGUCAGAAUCCCCCACCUCAACCCCCAAAAAAAAAGGAAUCUGUAAGAAACUAUACUUUGCAUAAAAUAAUAAUCAAAAAAGAAAAUUGGGGCAUUUUUUUUUUUUUUUUUGCUUUAUGACAUUAUUUACAUGACAAUUAAGCACCUUUACCAUCAAAUUCUCAUGACUGUAAUCUGAAAAAUCUAAUUCUCUUCACCAUUAUGAGAAAAACAUAUUAAACUGUAAAGAAUGUUUACAUCAUGAUAAUAUUUUUGUGCUGCUUUUAAUAAUAUUUGUUUUAGAGGGUCUAAUUAAAUUAGAUUCUCAAAGUAAUAAAGUAUUUUUUUAAUUGUAUUUAAUGAGAAUUAUUCUUUAUUGUCAAUAACAAAAACCCUGCAAACGUAAAGUUGUGGGUAAAAUUAUAUUCUCAUUAAUGUAAUACAGUAUUUUUUACUGUAUUACAGUAAUGAAAAUUAUUGUUGACAAUGACAUAUGAACAGAAAUCCCUCAAAUGUGAGGAUGCAUUAAGGUUAUGAAUUUGAGAAUAAAAUGUGCUUUUCAUUAUUGUAAUAUGUUAUUUUUUACUGUAUUACAGUAAUGAGAAUUAUUUUUGAAAAUUACAGUUACAACAAAAACCCUAAAAAGUAUAAUCUCUGGAUGCAUUACAGUAAUGAAUAAUUUUCAUUAUUGUAAUACUUAAUCUUUACUGGAUUGCAGUAAUGAAAAUUAUUGUUGAGAAUGACAAUUCAGCAAUGAAUGAACAAUGAACUGUUGGGAUUCAUUACGGUAAUGAAAAUUUGGGGAUGAAAUUAAAAUCUCAAAACAGUAAUAGUUUUUUUUUUUUUUACUGCAAUUAACCUUCAAAAGUAAACUGUUGGGGUGCAUUAUGGUUAUGAGAAUUUGGGGGUAAAAUUGUGUUUAAUUGUAAUAAAAAUGUUACAAUGAAACGAUUCUUAAUAGCCCUAAAAUAGGCUUUUAUGUCUUUAUGAAAUAUAUAUUUUCAUUUUUUUUCUUUUCUUUUCAUUUUAGGGUGCAAUAUGACCCUGACAUGUGUUUUAAGAUUUACCCAAUAACAUACCUAUCCCCUAUCCUUGAUGUCCCAAGCAGUUUUUUUAUUGCUACGUGAAUUUUUUGGGCUUUGAAAUGAGCCUGAAAAUAUUGAAUUAGAGGAAUAUUCCGGGUUCAAUACAAGUUAAGCUCAAUAAACAGCAUUUGUGGCAUAAUGUUGAUUACCACAAAAAAUUAUUUCGACUCGACCAGAUUUUUUUUAAUUUAUUUUAAAAAAGCAAACAAUUGUGUUACAGUGAGGCACUUAUAAUGGAAGUUAUUUUUUGUUGGGUUUGAACACCGAAAUGUGAAGCUUAUAUUUUUAUAAAAGCAUUUACAACAAUUCUCCUGUUAAAACGUGUGUAUUAUUUGUGCUGUAAAGUUGUUUACAUUUUAUUUUUGUAAAGUCGUUUUAGGGUUUGUUGAAAUUGUCUAUAACUUGAUAGAAAAGGUUAGUAAGUGAUGUUUACACACAUAGUUUAUUUCUUUAUUUCUUGUGGCUAUAUUUUUGAAACAGUAUUUUAACAUUGAAAAAUUUGCCCAAUACACUUCCAUAGUUUUUUUUUUUUUAAAGAAAAGGAGGAACAAGUAAAAAUUAAUUUUUGUGGUCAUCAAAAUUAUGCCAGAAAAUACAGUCGAUUGAGCUUAACUUGUAGUUGAACUCGGAACAUUACUUUAAAAGUACUUUGUGUCUUAAGACUGGUGCAUGGAUGGAGGUGGAUUUUCACCAUGUGGAUGAUGGUGUUUGUGGCAAAAAAACAAAAAAAAAAGUUUUUGAUUAUAUUUUAAAGGAGAAUUUUUCAUUAAUGAAAGGCCUCUGCUUCAUCUUUGUGUGAUGUGCAUAAAGAUUCACAUUUCAUACUGUCCACUGCUUAUUAAUGUCAGACAAGAAAGACAAAUAUUCUCUCUAAACAACCUUUAUCUUUGGAAUAAGUGUUUUCCUUAACAAAAGAUAAAACUGUUACAUUACACAUUACAUAUCUUCAUCUAUAAAUCAUGAUGUGGCUGUAUUUAAACACUCUGUUACACAUUGUUAGACAAAGUUUGUUUUUAGAAACCAUUCUUUGGUUUGAAACAUUGUUCCUCAUUGCUAUGUAAUGUUGACUAACUGUACUUCGGUAAAGAGCAUGUGUGGCGCAUUUCCCUCUGACCUCUUGGGGGAUCUGAAGUUGUAAAAGAUUGUGUUCUUAAUGUGGCUUUUGGAAACCUCAAGAAGCACAGUACACAUCCAAAAAUGUGUGUCUUUUUUAUUUGAUUUGAUGAUGGCUUUUUUUAUAACCAUUCAUAAUGUUAUGCUAUUAAAAACAAAGCUGAAAAACA